GACGAUCUGAUCAGCGACUCUCUUAAGGACACCAUCCUUGACGUGACGUACGUCUCGAUCUGCGGCUUCCUCAGCGUUGCCGGGCUCGUCGCGAACACCCUCAACAUCAUCGUCUUCAUCCGCAUGGGACUCAACGACGCGGUCAACGUCAGCCUGCUGGGCCUCGCCGUCAGCGACAUCUUCUCGAUGACAUUCCUCCUGCUGGAGAGCACCUGCUUCAACCCGCUGUUCCAGAACGUCGGUCUGCCAUUCGCCUUGAUGGAGGUGCAGUUCAUCGUCGGCGGCUGGCCGCACAUCUGCUUCACGCGGGUCGUCAGCUGGAUCACCGCGUUCGUCACCUUCGAGCGCUGCGUUUGCAUCGCCCUGCCGCUGAAGGUCAAGAGCAUCAUCACGGCGACCAGGGCCAAGGUGGUCGUCGUGAUGAGUUUUCUUCUGGUGGCCGGCUCGGCGGCCCCGGAGUUCUACGUGAACCAGUUCGUGUGGAAGUUUUACCCGGAGAAAAACGUCUCGCUGAUCGGGCUUCACUUCAUCGAGGACCGGGACCGGUUCGAGAACGUGACGUUCGUUCUGAACAACGUGCUGAUGCAGUACCUGGCGUUCGUGGCGGUCAUCAUCUGCACGAUAAUACUCGUGGUCAAGCUAAACGAAAAAACGAGAUGGCGCAGCGCGACCGCCAGGGGAGAUAACACCGCGGCGAUAUCCGUCAAGGACAAGAAAGUCGUCAAGAUGAUCAGUUUUAUCUCGGCUAUAUUUAUCGCGAGCUAUCUCCCCUCGAGCAUCUUGUUCAUGGCCAUGGCCAUCAAGCGGGAUUUUCACCCUUCCGGCUACUUCAACAUCUUCCACGUGACCUGGUCACUUGCGUUCAUGCUGGAGGGAAUCAACUCCACAGUCAACAUAUUUGUGUAUUAUAAGAUGAGCUCCAAGUACCACCGGAUGUUUCACAGAACGUUCCUAUGUCGCGUCCUUGAAUGA